AUGUAUAAGAAAAUAGGCAAAGCCGAGUAUAAAUGCCCCAAUUGGUUUUCAGUUGAAGUGCGCAAGCUUCUGUCAAGAAUCCUCAACCCCAACCCAAAUAAAAGGAUUCUCAUUUCAAACAUAAUGGAAAGUCCUUGGUUUAGAAAAGGGUUCAGCUCCAAAUCCAUUACAACUAUAACAGAAGUCGAAAAACUGGCUUUGGUGGAUGUUGAUGCAGCAUUUGAUAAUUGUGACAGCAGUGAUCAUAAUACUGAGGCAAAGCAAGAGUUGGCCAGACCUACCAAUUUGAAUGCUUUUGAUAUCAUCUCUCUUUCAAGUGGAUUUGAUUUGUCUGGUUUGUUUAUGGGAAAAGAUACAAAGAAAGAAGCACAGUUCACAUCUGUGCAGUCUGCCUCAUCAAUUAUAUCUAAGCUGGAGGACAUUGCCCAGCAGCUGAGGCUGAAAGUAAACAAGGAUGGAGGGUUAUUGAAAUUGGAGAAAUCCAAGGAUGGCAGGAAGGGGGCAUUGUCCAUAGAGACUGAAAUUUUUGAGUUCACUCCAUCCUUUCAUCUAGUUGAGAUGAAGAAAUCCAAUGGUGAUACAUUGGAAUUUAAGAAGAUACUGAAAGAGGAUAUAAGACCAGCUCUCAAAGAUGUUGUGUGGGCAUGGCAAGGUGAGGAGAAACAGUAA